AAGCAGAUGUUUGUGUCAGAUGCUUGGUUGGGGUCUACAUACUCCAAAAGACCUGAAGCAGAGAAGAUUGUGAGCAUUGUUUUUGAUGAAGGGUUCAAUAAAAGUGGAGAGUUGACUGCGGUGACAGAACCUUUGGUAAGGGUUCUUUGUAUGGUGGAUGGAGAGGGCAUGCCAAUGGGUUUCAUUUAUGAGGCCAUGGAUAGGGCCAAAGAGGCCAUUUCACAUUACUAUCGUGGAAAUACAAGAAAAUGUGAAAUCCUUUGGCGCAUCAUUGAUCGUAGGUGGACAAACCAACUCCACCAACCGAUACAUGCCUUCGCCUACUUUUUGAACCCGAAAUUCUACUUCUCUGAUUCAUUUAGGGCUGAUGAGGAGGUCAUGGCAGGUGUUAUUACAUGCAUUGAUAAGAUGACACCUGAUCCUGAGUUGAGAGACAAGGUUCUUGAUGAGUUGGAGAUCUACAAAGGUGCAGAGGGGAGACUCUUCUCAUCACAACUAGCAAUUGAUAGGAGAGGAAAACAACAACCAGAUUUAUGGUGGGAGAAUUAUGGUGCCGGCACGCCUAAUCUUCAAAAGAUAGCUAUUCGUGUUUUGUCUCAGCCAUGCAGUGCUUCUAGGUGUGAACGAAAUUGUAGUGUCUUUGAGAGCAUUCACACAAAGAAGAGAAAUAGAUUGUCACAAAAGCGGCUCAAUGAUCUAGUAUUUGUUCCGUACAACCUUCGCCUUCGAGUUAGACAGGUGGAGGGUGUUUUACAUGAGGCCAUUGACUUGGAUGAAAUUGAUCCAUAUGGUGAUUGGACCAUGAAUGAACAAAAUGAUGGUGAUGAUGUCCUCCUUACCGAAGAAGAAAUUGCAGAAAUAGAGAGAGGAGCAGCACAAGAUGCAGAAGGAGCAAGAUUGGAUGAAAUGGAGGAUGAAGAUGAGGACGAAGAUGAGGAUGAUGAGGAGGACUUUGACUUUGAAGAAGAAUCAUCUCACCAUUUAGAUACCACAACACCCACUGCUACUACUUCUAGCUCAAGGCCUGAAAAAUUGAGCUAUAUUAGGAAAAAUACAAAGAGGAAGAUGUAGUCUUCUCUUUGGUUUGUUCAUUCACAUUGUUGUUUUUCACAUUUGGAGUUGGAGUUGGACAUAUCAUUAUAUGUAAUUUUGUGAACAUUUAUAUA